AAACGACAAUAUCUAAUUCAGAUUCAAGAAUAUUAGAACGUGGAGUAAUAGCAACAUCUAAUAAUAGUAUUAUUAAUGAUAGUUCACAACAUAAAUUGCCCAAAACUCGCAAAAUUAUAAAACAUUCAAAAUCAAGAUCAACUGUUUUCGCACCUUUUAAACCACCAGUCAAGAAAGCAAAGAUUUCAAAUUCUAAAUCUAAUUUGCAACAAAAUCAAUUUUAUAACACUCAGAAAAAUCAAUUAUACAAAACUCAAGAAAAUCGAUCAUAUAGUAUCCAAGAAAAUCAAUCAUAUAAUGCUCAAAAAAACCAAUCAUAUUAUGCUCAAGAAGAUCAAUUAUAUAACACUCACGAAGAUCAAUCAUAUAAUGCUCAAAAAAAUCAAUCAUAUGAAUUAGUGAAUCAUUUAAAUACUGCACAAAACUAUAUUCGACCCAGAAAUGCUCUUGAAUCCAUUACCAACAAUAUUAUACUUCAAAUCCCACUCACUGACAAACCCUUAACUAUAAAUUUAAAUCUUACAUUUGGUAAAUAA